ACGACGAGCAACACGACACCCGCGAAAAUAAUAAUAAGGCGCGAAAAAAAUACGAAAUGACACCAACUUGAUAUUUUACAGACUUUGAGAAAGAGAUCAACGCUAUAAAGUACAUUAUGAAGAACCUAACGCAGCAAGAAAAGGAAGUGGCAAGUGUAAGUGUUACAAUGGUUGUCUUUUUACGCAAUUCAGACAAGUAUUGACACGGUUAAUUCAGCAAUUAAAGGCCAGACUAUGGCUAGCCAUCGCAAAGAUCGUUGAAGAGGAAUCACAGCUAAUUGAUGGUGAAAAUAAGAUAAGUGCAACUCCAAAGUUUGUCGCUUCACUAGUCGAACUGGUUUAUAAUCAAGCAUUGUCGUUGGGAGAAGAUUUGGAAUCAUUCGCAAGGUGAGUGUGUCGGGAAGAUGUUUUUCAUAACGUCGAGUCUCAGAAGGCUCAGUCUGGUGAAACCUCUCACUCAACAAUCGCUCAGAUUCAAUUCCAGAUAUACAAAACCAGCACUUCCUCAAAGAUUAGUUCAAGAAUUUGUCCCAGAAUUGAAUGAAAAAAGAAUCAUCCCAGUUCAUAAUACUUAUUAUGCUGAAAAUCCAUAUCAUGAAGCCAAUAUGAAAGAACUUAAUGACCUUUUACGUAAAUACAUCACACUUCCUGUUGUCACUGAAAAAGUUGGUAGAUGGAUCACAUUUGAACAAUAUCAAGGUUUAGCAGGUAAAGAAAGAUUAAGACCUGGUGAACACAGAGCUUUAACAGGUGUAUUGGCAAGACUAAACCGUAUUGACACACAAUUGAUACCUGAUGACGUUCAAGCUGUGCUUGAUAAAUAUUCACGUGCAAAGACUAAAGAAGAGGAACAAAAAAUUGUUAGAGAAUUAGACGCUGAAGGUAGAUCAAGAACUAUUGGUAGAAGAAAAAACGCCAGUGCUCUUGUUUAUAUGGCUAGAGGUACAGGUGAAAUCAUUGUUAAUGGUGUUUCAAUGAAUAAAUUCUUUAGAAGACUACAAGAACGUGAAGAUAUUCUAUAUCCAUUGAAAGUUGUUGAAGGUGAAGGUGAAUAUAACAUUUUUGCUACUGUUGAAGGUGGUGGUUUCAGUGGUAAAUCAGGCGCCAUUGUUAAUGGUAUCGCCAAAGGUUUAAUCAUCCAUAACCCAUUAUUAAAACCAAGAUUAUAUAAAGCAGGAUGUAUGACUAGAGAUCAUAGAGUUAAAGAAAGAAAGAAACCAGGUAAGAGAAAAGCCAGAAAGAGUCCAACUUGGGUCAAACGUUAGAAAUACUGUCUUUCAUUUGCACCAUUUGUAUAUAUACAACAUUGGAAAUAUCAUGUAUUUAAAUUUGCACUAUCUUUUUUCAAAUGAAACCAUUAAACAACUAACGAUAUAGAUUCUUGGGCAGUCAAUUUAUAUCACUUUCUCUUGUCAAAAUUUCAACGCCCCGAAAAUUUGACACAUAUCGAUCAUUCCCUUAUAAUCAGAUACCUGUAACAUCUUCAUCGUGGAUCUCUAACGGUUUU